GUUGUUUGAACCAUCUCUUUGUCUGUUACGUAACGUUUGAAUAGUGCAGCUUUUACAAUUACUUUGCAAGUUGCUUUCUUUACCGAUUACCAAUAGACUACUAGUUUAAGUCAAGCAUUUAUUUGUUUUUAACGCAUUUGAUUUUAAGAGGUAUCUAUAAAAGCCUUGAAACUUAGACUCGUAGCAUUCGACUAGCUUCUUAACCGUACAAGACGUUUCUCGUGAACUGUUUCUGGUGUGCUUGUGCAGUUCUUUGCAGCUAACAGCUCAUUUACAUUUCAGUAUGAAGGUCACAGUUCUUAUUAUUGCCUUGUGCCUGUGUCUUUUGAUCUCUGAGAUCCUCGGCUCCCACAGUAGCAGCAGCAAGAGUAAGAGCAGUAGUAAAAGUCACCAUCAUCACCACCACCACAGCAGCAAGAGUAAAAGUAGCAAGAGUAGCAAGCACCACCAUCAUCACCAUCACCAUCAUAGCAGUAAGAGCAGCAGCAAACAUCACCACAACCACCACCAUCAUCACAGCAGCAGUAGCAAAAGCAGCAGCAGCAAAAGUAGCAGCGGGUAAAAAAAAACCGAGAUGAUAAUGAAUUAUUAACCCAAGAUUUCCAACAUCUAGUAUUUGUUGUAUCUCUUUAGACAUGAUAUUUUGGUGGUAUUUUGUUUGAGCACAACAUAAUUUUAGCCUUUUAAUUAUUUUUUUUAAUUCAAACGUAACUGAAUUUUAUAAAAAUUUAUUUUUAAAUGCUGAUUUGUGUACUUUUAUAUUUAUAAAUGAAUGCAAACUAAAAAGUACUAUCAUUUUUAUUCUUUGCAACCCCUUUUUUCCAACCUAUGAAAAAAAAAAAGCUUUUUGUUCAACAAAUUAAAAAAAGAACCUGUUGGAAAUUAAUGUAUGCAUAUAUAUAAGCAAACUUUCCUAGGCUUGAAGCUGUAUCCUAAUAGUCAAUGUCGAUUGUCUGGAUUUUCUUUAGGAGUUUAAGUCUGUACGGCCAUUACAAUACAGCUAGUGAUGUCUGCAUAUAAAGAAAUAAAAUUAUAAUUAGCAUUAGACUUGUCUAACAUGAUGAUGUCAAUAACGUUAAAAAAUAUAAACAAAAAAAAUAGCAUUUGAUUUGAAUGUUUUAAGUAAUGAUUGUACUGCUACAGUUAAAUGAAAUCAUAAGCUUGUGGUAAUA